AUGGUUCGUUCACAUCUUCUCCGUGCCACGCCAGAAGCUUCUCCGCUUAAACCGGCAUCGUCUCCGUCAAACUGCAGGUUGUCACUUUCUCCCGUUGAACUUAGAUUAUAUUUUAUUAGGGACGACGACUUCAAAGUCAAAGUCGACAUUUUCAAAACGUCAUAUCAAAACUCCCUGUUUGAAUUGCCGUGUUGUGACAAGUCAGGUGACCAUCACACUCACAGUGAUCUCCAAACAAAGGCACGUCUAGAUACAAUCCAGGUACAUAGGUCAACGGUUGUGUGUCUUGACACCGAAUCUGUUCCAGAGUUCCUUACCAGUCUCAGAUUUUCGGAUCUUUUCAACCUCCCUGGUGAAUAUGUGCCGAUGAAUCCUGAGAUCUUUAGCGCAAUGAGAGCGGGGAACAUAGAGCUUCUGGAAAAGUUGAAAAGCUACGAAACGCCAAUGGCAUGUCUUAAGAGCGAUGGCGGAGAUUCUGUUCUUCACCUUGCUGCUGCUUCGGGUCAUCUUGAACUAGUGAAGAACAUAAUCACUGAAUGUCCUUGUCUUUUAUUGGAGCCAAACUCGAAGUAUCAGAUUCCGCUUCAUGUGGCCGCUCGUGCUGGCCGUUCAGCAGUUGUGAAGGCUCUUGUUGCUUCUGUAUUAUAUUUUUCACCUAGAGUGCCUGAAGAAGAUAGGGAUAGACUGAAUAUAUAUGUUCUGAAGGACAUAGAUGGAGAUACUCCUCUGCAUGCGGCCUUGAAAGACCUCCAUGAAAAAGCAGAGGUAAGCCAUCUUUUGAGAUAUCAGGAGCGCAUCAGAAAACUAUCCUUGUCUCACCUUAUUAUGCAUUGGCGACGUAGCAGAUGCAUUUCAUUUUCUGAUGCAUCAACACGCCAAAUGGAGACAGCUGCCUGUCUAGUGAAUGCAGACCAACAUGCCUCAUUUCUUGCGAAUAAAGAUGGAACAUCUCCCUUGUAUUUGGCAGUUGAAGCUGGUAAUGUAUCACUUGUGAGAGCGAUGUUGAACCGUCCUGGUAAUAAAAUCCAAGGAAAAACCUCUACCUUAGCUUCACAAUUGGAAGGGAGAAAAUCGCUUUUACACGCAGCCCUCAAGGCCAAAAAUACAGAUGUUCUUAAUGUUAUUCUUAAUGAUGACCCGAGCCUUGUCAACGAGCGAGAUGAAGAAGGGCGAACUUGUCUUUCUGUUGGAGCAUCCAUGGGGUAUUACAAAGGAAUAUGUAAGCUAUUAGAUCGAUCAACAAAGAGUGUUUAUGAAUGCGACAAAGAUGGUUCCUUUCCAAUUCAUAUGGCUGUAGAGAAAGGUCAUUUGAAAGUUGUGAAAGAGAUUCUAAAACGUUGUCCAGAUUCGAAAGAGCUGGUUAACAAACAAGGUCAAAACAUGCUUCACAUUGCAGCAAAGAGUGCGAAAGUGGGAUCUUUUCUUUUGGGUUAUAUAAGGAGACUUGAUACGGAGAAUCAUCUGAUCGAGGAGCAAGAUGUGGAUGGGAAUGCACCUUUGCACCUAGCCACCAUAAAUUGGCGCUGUCGAACUGUUGAUAAACUUGCUGCCUUUGCUUCUACCGAAACAAAAAUCCUGAAUAUACAGAACAAAGAUGGAUUGAGACCUCUGGAUAUUGCAGAGUUAAAUCUACAGCCUGACUACGUUUUACGGGAGAGAUUGACGUUGAUGGUACUGCUGUGCGUUUACGCACCGAAAAGUGUUGGUUGGCUACCGACGAGUGGAAUGACACUAAGAAGCAGAUCAGAGCCUCUAGACGCUAAAAAAUACAAAGACCAUAUCAACGCUCUUCUGCUGGUGGCAACUCUUGUAGCCACUGUUACAUUUGCUGCAGGUUUUACAAUACCUGGUGGCUUUAACAGCUCUGCUCCAAACAUGGGUAUGGCCACUUUGGCCGAUGACUCCACCCUCUUCUUUUUUCUGGUAUUAGACACCUUGGCGAUGCAAAGCUCUAUUGUAGCAAUAGUUGCUCUGAUUUAGGCACAGUUGGGGGAUCCUGCAAUCGUUCACAGAGCUUUUCAUUUGGCUUUGCCAUCACUCUUCGUUUCUCUACUCUCCAUGUCAUGGGCAUUCGUUUCUGCCUUGCAGGCUACAGUUAAGCAAAACACUUUGCUCAUAAACUUCAUAUCCAUUAUAUCUCUGAUCUUCUAUGGUGUGAUGAUCGUCCUCCUUGCGCCUUACGUUAUCCCACAGGUUCCUGGCAUCCCUUUUCUUCAAAGAUGGACUCGUAUUUCUCUUGUCGUUCUUUUGUUUUUUGUUAAUGAAGACGAUGCUGAAAGAUAUUAGACCUCUGGCUCUGGUCACACUUGUGUGAAGAGUCAGUGGGAUCCUCAGGCGCAGAUCAAGUGCAAAAGUCGAAAGUAGAUUCUUCUUAAACAUAUAUCUCUUUCUGAAUACAUGUAUAUAAUCUUAUUAGCACUUUCUUGUGUGUAAUUCUAUAUCUCCAACCCUUCUUUUGUGGUUUGUUAAUGAUGUCGAUUGAAAACAUCAGAACUCUUGUAUCAAUAACUUUUGUGGCCAAGUUGGAGUUCGUG